AUGCCUCUCGACACCGCCCCUUCGUCCUUCACCACCUCCGACUCCUCCUUUUCACUACAAAGACCCUCACGUUCGCCUCUUCGCUGGGUAUCACGGCGUCUCUCACGUCCCAAACCACCGUUGAAUCCCAGUCCCAGCGACGAUUCGGAGGAGGAGCGUGUGACCGAGUCAUAUGCCGUUUAUUGUCGGGCUUUCACCGGUGCCCAGCCCGAGUCCGUGCACCUAACCGAACGCCAGUCCUUCGAUUUCUUGCCAGUGGGCGCCUACGGCUUCACUCAGCUCGCACCGCCCCGUUCGAGGACGCCGCCGCCGCGUGUGCUCACUCCCUCCCUGUACAGGGCGUCCACUCUGGUUCAAGAACCCCCUCGACGACCGUGGUGGAAACGGAUACUGUGUGGCUCCUAA